AUGUCUUCUACUGCCAGUACAGUCAAAACCACGACUUCUUCGGCUCUGAAUACCGAAAGGUCUAAGUAUGGGGAAGUCAAAAGACUUCAUCAUAUCCCACGACCUACCACAAAAGAGGCCGAGCAAAAAUGGUCUCUAGGUCAAAUGGCGGCGGCUUUUCGCAUAUUUGCAAAGCUAGGAUUUGCUGAUGGGAGUAGUGGCCAUAUUAGUCUCCGGGAUUCCAUUGAUCCACAAACAUUCUGGAUAAAUCCGUAUGGUGUGCACUUCGCCCUUUUGAAGGUAUCAGAUAUGGUACGCGUCGAUGAAAACGGAGACCGUGUGGGCGGCGCCGAUAAACCGGUCAAUUCUGCUGGUUUCAUGAUCCAUUCGGCAAUCCAUCAAAGACGACCUGAUAUACAUGCUGCCUGUCAUAUGCAUAGUCCGUACGGUAGAGCAUGGAGUACAUUUGGAAAAUCAAUUAAUAUGAUCAGUCAAGACUCCUGCAUGUUCUACGACGAUAUUUCUGUAUACCCAGCCUUCGGCGGGGUUGUGUUUGCUCAGCAGGAGGGCCAACGUAUCGCGGGCUACCUUGGCCCCAAAAACAAAAACAUGAUAAUGCAAAACCACGGCCUACUCACUUCUGGUGAUACAGUUGCCGAAGCAGCUGCAUUUUUCAUUGCUCUAGAAAGGGCCUGUCAGGCACAACUGCUAGUGGAAGCUUCGACUGCUCCAGGUACGAUCGGUGCUACCACGGGUGGUUUGAAAAAGACACUUGUUGACCAUGAAACCGCUCUAUACACCAAGAAAGGAACUGGGUCGCCAGAAGCGAUGUAUAUGCAAUUUGAGCCUGAAUAUCAACUUUUACUGAAGGAAAGUGAUGGUCAAUUUCUAGAAUAA